GACAGAUGUAGUUAACAGAAUCGGGUUUGAAUUUUCUGCGUUUCGUGAGCGUCGGAUCGCUGCUCUUCCCUUCUCUUCCGCCACCGCCGUCCGCCGGAGCUUCUCGCCUUCCACCACCACACCCCGCGUCUACCUCCGCCUUUAAAAGUGAGGAUGUCUGCAGCUGCUUCUGCUGCUGGCAUGGGAGAUUUCAGCACGGAGGAGGACGAUGAUUAUGUCGAAUAUGUCCCAGUUGCAAAGCGAAGGGCUCUCGAAGCUCAGAAGAUCCUACAGAGAAAAGGCAAAUCUUCUGUUGCCCUGGAAGAAGAAAUCGAGAAGGCGAAGCAAGUGGAAGCGAAACCCAGCCUCCUUGUUAGGGCCACCCAGCUCAAGCGCGAGCAGCCUGAGAUCAGUCCAACCGAGCAGAUGGUCCAGCAAGAAAAGGAGAUGAUUGAGCAUUUAUCGGAUCGAAAGACCCUUAUGUCUGUUCGCGAGCUGGCAAAGGGGAUUACUUACACCGAGCCUCUGUUGACCGGGUGGAAGCCGUCUUUGAACAUCAGAAGAAUGUCAAGGAAAGAGUGUGAUAUGAUUAGGAAGCAGUGGCACAUAAUUGUUGAUGGGGAGGACAUCCCUCCCCCGAUAAAGAAUUUCAAGGACAUGAGAUUCCCAGAGCCUAUUUUGAGGAAACUGAAGGAAAAGGGGAUUGUGCAGCCAACACCAAUUCAGGUUCAAGGCCUCCCUGUGAUCUUAUCGGGUCGAGAUAUGAUCGGGAUUGCAUUCACCGGAUCCGGGAAGACCCUUGUUUUCGUGCUUCCAAUGAUCAUGAUUGCACUUCAGGAGGAAAUUAUGAUGCCCAUCGUGCCCGGAGAAGGGCCCUUUGGGUUAAUAGUUUGCCCAUCGAGGGAGCUUGCUAGACAGACUUAUGAGGUUGUAGAGCAGUUCCUGAUUCCAAUGAGGGAGCACGGGUAUCCCGAAUUGCGGCCUUUGCUGUGCAUUGGUGGAGUUGAUAUGCGUUCCCAGGUGGAGGUGAUUAGGAGAGGAGUGCAUAUUGUUGUGGCCACCCCUGGGAGAUUGAAGGAUAUGCUUGCAAAGAAAAGGAUGAACCUCGAUAAUUGCAGGUAUCUUUGUUUGGAUGAAGCAGACAGACUUGUGGAUCUAGGAUUUGAAGAUGACAUAAGGGAAGUGUUCGACCACUUCAAAGCUCAAAGACAGACACUCCUUUUCUCAGCCACCAUGCCCACUAAGAUCCAAAACUUUGCCCGAAGCGCCCUUGUGAAGCCUAUAAUAGUUAAUGUGGGAAGAGCAGGAGCAGCAAAUCUCGAUGUUAUUCAGGAGGUUGAGUAUGUGAAACAGGAGGCAAAGAUCGUCUACCUCCUCGAAUGCCUCCAGAAGACCCCACCUCCCGUUCUGAUAUUCUGUGAGAACAAGGCCGAUGUGGAUGAUAUCCAUGAGUAUCUCCUCCUGAAAGGAGUGGAAGCAGUGGCCGUUCAUGGAGGGAAGGAUCAGGAAGAGAGAGAAUAUGCUAUUGCUUCUUUUAAAGCGGGCAAAAAGGAUGUCCUGGUCGCUACGGAUGUUGCUUCAAAGGGUCUGGACUUCCCAGACAUUCAACAUGUGAUCAACUACGACAUGCCUGCAGAAAUUGAAAAUUAUGUCCACAGGAUUGGGAGAACUGGAAGGUGUGGGAAGACGGGAAUCGCCACCACUUUUAUAAAUAAGAACCAGAGUGAGACGACUCUCCUCGACCUGAAGCACCUGUUGCAGGAAGCCAAGCAGAGGAUUCCUCCCGUCUUGGCAGAGCUUAAUGAUCCGAUGGAAGAUGUGGAAGCGAUUGCUACUGUGAGUGGAGUGAAAGGGUGUGCAUACUGUGGUGGUUUGGGACAUAGGAUCCGCGAUUGUCCCAAGUUAGAGCAUCAGAAAAGCAUGCAGAUUGCUAGCUCGAGACGGGAUUAUUUUGGAUCUGGAGGCUAUAGGGGAGAAAUAUGAACUUUUGAGUUACUCUGUUCUAAAUUAUUAUUCCAUCCAUCCCUCAAUCAUGCAGAGAUUGUGGUUGUCAGUUGAUGAAAGUGAAGAAUUACCGCGAUGGAUGUGUACUGGUUCCUUUGGUUCUCCAGCCGUUGCACUAGGAAUUUCUCGAGAUUUUUUAACAUGUCCGUGCACCGUAAGUGGAUGGAGAAACAAUGUACCAUAUAUUCUAACACUAAAAAGAAAGUGAUGACUAAUAUUCAAUGCUGAAGUUUCAUCUA